UUCUCCGAACUAUAUCCGAAGCGGGAGAAGGAGAUGGUGACCCUGGUGGUGGCGACCACCAUCGACGCGGCCUCUAUCGGCCCAGCUUCCGCUCUGUUAUCCAUGCCCGGUUGGCAACCCGGCCCCCCCUGGCCUGAGGAUGCUCAAAGUUUUGUGAACAAGGAGGUGAGGCUAAUAAAAUUAGGCAACCGCCUUGUGAAGGAGGAUCAUUUAGAUAAACGGUGGGAGGAGGCAACUGGCGAGUCUGUGAAUGAGGUCAUAUUUCUUAGCAAGCAUGUUGCUUCAUCAAGCAGACCUGCUCUCACAAUUCACCCUAUUGGUACUCCACAUAUUAGUGAAGGUGAGGUUCUAGUUGCUGGUGGAAAGGCAGGAUGGGUUGCACCUCCAAAUCCUAGGAUAGGGCCAUGGUUGAGACUCUUGAAGACCAUUGCUGCAUCACAUAAUCUAUCUCCUGAAUUUGAGGUUACCUUGGAGGCUACUCAUCAUGGACCAGUAAUUAAUUCACCAACCAUGUUUGUAGAGAUUGGUAGCACAGAAGAGUACUGGAGGAGGCAGGAUGCUGCACAGACCAUUGCUUUAUUAGUGUGGCAAGGAUUGGGUCUUGGAGAAGGAAUUUCUGUGGGAGACUGGCCUAGGAAUAACGGCAAAAACAAAAUUCUUUUCGGAAUAGGUGGUGGGCAUUAUGUGCCACGGCAUAUGGACAUUGUUUUAAAAGAUGGUGUUUGGGUAGGCCAUCUGCUCUCUGGGUAUUCCUUACAGAUGGAAGAUCCUAAUCCUAGCCAACCAAAAGUACCAGUGAAUGCUAAUGCCGUGGGUGGAACUUGGAGGGAAGCAAUCAAGGUUGCAUUUGAGGCUACCAAAAUGGCUUUUCCUGGGGGAGAAGUUCUAGCCCAUCUUGACCAAAAGAGUUUCAAGAGUUGGCAGAGGAAUGCCAUUAAAGGUUUCUUGGUGGAUCGGAACAUAAAGAUUGGCAAACCCAGUGACUUCUAAUACUUGGAGAAAAAGUUGGUCAUUGAUUUUAUCUUGUAAUGCCCCUUAUUAUUAUUACACAUAAUAAUUUAUUUGGAAUACCUCUUCCCAUUUGAUUUUAAUUUUAUUUCCUAUUUACU